GGCCCCGUGGCAUAGCAGAGGCAGUGUUCACUCUCAGGCAGAGGAUGUCCAGGUCAGAACAGGGAAAGAAUGCUGAGCCCAGUGGCCCCGAAGUGAGCUUGGAGCUGAGGCCAACAGCCCCGGGCAACCAAGGACGCAGCAAUGCAGCCUUCCAGGAUGAAGACUUUGAAGAGCAGAACACCCCAGGAAACAGCGCAGUCAGGAGCAGAUCCGUACAGAGCAGGGAACAAGGAGAUGCCAAGCAGGGUGACAGGCAGAUCACGAUUGAGCAGGAGUCUCUAGGAAACAAAGAAGACAUGGAGGAUGAUGACCAAGAUGAACGUCAAAAAGGGUGUUUGGAAAGGAAGUAUGAUCUGAUUUGUGAGUUUUAUAGAAAGCACAGAAUCAUUAUUCGGCAAACCAUAGGGGGCAUUCUAUUGACAGUUUUCCUGGCUCUGGUGAUUGCAGCCUGUGUACUAAACUUCCACAGAGCCCUGCCUCUUUUUGUGAUCACCGUGGUUACCAUCUUCUUUGUUAUCUGGGAUCACUUGAUGGCCAAAUAUGAGCAGCAAAUUGAUGAGUUCCUGUCUCCAGGCAGAAGGCUUCUCGACAAGCAUUGGUUCUGGCUGAAAUGGGUGAUGUGGAGCUCAUUAGUCCUGGCCGUCAUUUUCUGGUUGAUCCUUGACACUGCCAAAUUGGGCAAUCAGCAGCUGGUGUCCUUUGGCGGUCUCGUGAUGUACAUUAUCCUGUUAUUUCUCUUUUCCAAACAUCCAACCAGAGUUUACUGGAGGCCUGUCUUUUGGGGAAUCGGAUUACAGUUUCUUCUUGGGCUCUUAAUUCUUAGAACUAAGCCUGGAUUUAUUGCUUUUGAUUGGCUGGGGAAACAAGUUCAGACUUUUCUGGGGUACACUGAUGCCGGAGCUAUGUUUGUCUUCGGGGAGAAGUAUACAGAUCACUUCUUCGCAUUUAAGGUCCUGCCCAUCGUGGUCUUCUUCAGCACUGUGAUGUCCGUGCUCUACUACGUGGGAUUGAUGCAGUGGGUCGUCAGAAAGGUUGGAUGGUUGAUGCUUGUCACUAUGGGGUCAUCCCCCAUUGAGUCUGUCGUUGCUGCCGGCAACAUAUUUGUUGGGCAAACCGAGUCUCCACUGCUGGUCCAACCAUAUUUACCACACGUCACCAGGUCAGAACUCCACGCCAUUAUGACAGCUGGCUUCGCUACGAUCGCUGGAAGCGUAUUGGGUGCCUACAUCUCUUUCGGGGUGUCCUCCACACACUUGCUAACCGCCUCAGUCAUGUCUGCACCUGCGUCCCUUGCUGUAGCCAAACUCUUCUGGCCAGAAACAGAGAAACCCAAAGUGACCCUCAAGAAUGCCAUGAAAAUUGAAAAUGGCGAUUCAAGAAAUUUCCUGGAGGCGGCAACACAGGGCGCAUCCUCGUCCAUCCCCCUGGUGGCAAACAUCGCCGUGAAUCUGAUUGCCUUCCUGGCCUUGCUGUCUUUUGUGAACUCGGCCCUAUCCUGGUUUGGAAACAUGUUCGACUACCCACAGUUGAGUUUUGAGCUCCUCUGUUCCUACAUCUUCAUGCCCUUUUCCUUCAUGAUGGGAGUCGACUGGCAAGACAGCUUUAUGGUUGCCAAGCUCAUAGGUUACAAGACAUUCUUCAAUGAAUUUGUGGCUUAUGACCACCUCUCAAAAUUGAUCAGUUUGAGAAAAGCAGCCGGACCCAAAUUUGUGAAUGGCGUACAGCAAUAUAUGUCGAUUCGUUCUGAGACCAUUGCGACUUACGCCCUCUGUGGUUUUGCCAAUUUUGGUUCCCUGGGAAUAGUGAUCGGCGGACUUACAUCCAUAGCUCCGAGCAGAAAGCGCGACAUUGCCUCUGGAGCAGUGAGAGCCUUGAUCGCAGGGACCACUGCCUGCUUUAUGACAGCCUGCAUCGCAGGCAUACUCUCUAGCACCCCCUCAGAUAUCGACUGCCAUCACAUUCUGGGGAACACCAACUUACUCAGCAACACAACCCAAGUGCUAUCUUGUUGCCAAAGUCUGUUGAGCAGCACCAUCAUCAAGGGACCAGAUGAAGUCAUCCCAGGAGGAAACUUCAGCCUCUACGCUGUGAAGAGCUGCUGCGAGCUGCUGAAGCCAUCGACUCUGAACUGCAGCUGGGUCCCUCCUGCUACACCAUGAGCUCAGCCCUGCAUCCGACGGGAUUCUGAAUGCAGAUGCUAGGCUUUCUGCUCUGGAAGGGAUAGCAAGCAUUGCUCCAGGUUGAUGACUCCAGCAUGGACUCAGCUUUAAUGGCAAAGAAGGAAGAAAGUCUGGAGUGCAUCCUUCCUGCGACAGUGUGUCCUGCUUCCUCCCUUCUCAGCCCACCUCUUCCCAUGGAGAGCUCCUAUGAUGACGUCCCAAACCAUGGUGUGUGAUCUCCAGUCCAAAUAAUGUUCUAUUUUCAAGGAUUUCAUGAGAAAAUAUGUGUGUGUGAGCAUCUAUGUGGUAGCUAUCAACAACUGGACUAUGACUCGGCCAUACCCUCUUUCAGUGCUCUAAGUAUUUCAGAGAGAUGGGAUUUAAACACAUCUCAAGGAAGGCCAUCCUACCUUCUCUCAAGGCUGUCUGAAAUACCUUCAGUUUGACUCUCAUGGGAAGAAGGGCUAAUCUGCAAUGACCUACUCAUAGGUUACCCUCUCCUUAAAUCAAGAGUCCUUCAGCAAAUCACAGAGGCCAUGUGGAACCCAAUCUAAGUCCGCAAACUUCAGAGAAUUCUAAGCAAUCAGUUUACAGAAACUUUGGCUGCAGUUCCUCCCCGAAACUUUAACGUCUCACAAAUCUUUUUCUCCUAUAUGUAAAAUGCUCAGUUUCAGGACUGAAGUCUCGUGAACUUCAGGAAUUUGUAAGCAUUCAGGCCACAUCUUCUUUAAAUUAAUAUAUUUUCUUAAGAAUAUCUUUUACCUGUUCUUUGACAGUUUUACACGUGCAUAUAAUGUAUCUUGAUCAUGCCUAGCCCCAGCUCCCAGUCUCCCUUCCCUCUCCUCUCAGACAUGGCUCACCAUGCCCCAUCUCUUUGCUUUGUAACUCACUGAGUCUCUCACUGCCUGCUGGGGGACUUGAUCUUCUGCAAGUAACCAUAUCUAUAUUAAGCUCGGGAAGGCAGGCCCGAGGCAUGUCCAGAAGACAGUAUUUCACUGUGAUCUUCCUAUUGCCUGGCUCUCACAGACUCCCCACCCCUGUGUGUUACCCCUGUGUCUUGAGGGAGUUUGUAGAAAUGCCUGGCUUUUGGAUGAGCACUCAGUAGUCACUAAUUCUCAGCACAUUUAUCAAUUAGGAGUCUCUGCAUUGCUGAAUUUGGACUUAAUCUAUGUGUCCAUUUCUAGUAUCUAGGCCAAAGAAGCAGCCCCUAUAGGGGGCUCGCAGACCUUAGGGAAACAUGUAGAAACAACAUGACACCUCCUAAAACUUCUUCUGGGAGCCAGAUUUGGCCCACUCCUGUAAUCCCAGCACUUGGGAACGGAGACAGGAAGAUUAUGAGUUCCAAACCAGCAUAGGGCACCUAGCAAGACGGUGUCUCCAAGCAACAACAACAGACUUCUGCAAGGUCAUAACACCCUUCCUUUCCACAAUAUGCUAUGAGCCAAAGAAAGACCUGUGGCACUCAUGGUAUCUGUGGCCACAAAUGAAUUGUCCUGUCACAAGAAGAGAACAGUGACCACUUUAAAGAAAUAAUACAGUAGGCUACCAAGGUGCCUGAUAUCCAUGUCUCUGUCCUUGGGUAGACUGUAUUUACAGGCCUGUGAAUUAUUAUUAAUGUGCAAUUUUGUUAUGUUCUUGAUGACAAGAUUGUAAAACAUUACUCCUCAGUCAGAAAGACCUGUAAGGACCAACCACGAAGGGAAAUCAAUGCUGACCGAGACGGGAAUGCCUUUCAUCGAUUCUCCCAUCAACCAGCAAGACAUCACACGUGCUUACUGAACUCUGGGUUUGGAAGAUGUCAGCGGAGCAGUGCAGACACCAGGCCGAGGAAAACCUCAACACCUCUGAGUCUCACGGGGACUCCAAAGGGAGAGCCUCGCCGGGGAAAGGGUGAUGCAGCGCCUUGAAUGGUUUAUUCUGUCUCCCUUCUGAGCAUACACAGGAGCAAUUUUUAAAAUAAUCUACAUGUAAAUAGUCGGAAUUAUUUGUGGUUUUUGCUCUAGGUUUGGUGGAAUGGAAGGAGGAGUUGCUUAUCCAAAGGAUGUUUUAUACCUGAAGUGAAAAGGUCAAGAUAGUCUAGUUUUUUUAUUAUUUACAUCAGUCCCAAUCUUUAGACUUUAGGAAAAUCCAUUCGCAUGUCUUUGUAAGCCUUAAGGUUUCAUUGCAGCCGACGGUACGACAUCACGAGUGGCAAUUAUUCCCGCGUUGCCUGUUUUUUGUCUGCUGUAGCUAUUGUCUUCUUUCUGAUGCUUGCUAACGCACUGAUUUUUUUUUUCUCUAGUAUGUUUUUCUUCCUGAGAACCACCAAGAGAACCUCUUGGCUGCUUUUAGUGUGCCUGUCUGUCAAGCUAGUUUUGUUUUUGUUUUUGUUUUUUUGGGUUUUUUUUGGUUUUUGUCAUUAUGUUUCCUUGAAUGUUUAACUCUUCUCUGAGUUUACUGGCUUGCUUCAGGGAAAUCAGUUGCCACUGUGUUUGUCAACAGGUUUUCCUCCUGAGUUUGUAAAAAUGGACAUUUGUGAUGAAAGCAAUGAUUGUGUUGAAAACUGGAAGAGAAAAACCUAACAUAUGUAAUAGUUUUAUAUAAACGUAACUAAGCUUCUUUCUCUCCACUCUG